CAGCGAUGAUCUCCAGGACCGGCCUGAGACCAACUUGGAGAAACAGCCGUUCGAUCUCCAGCAACAAACUGCAGUAUUUGAGGCUGAGAUUUUGAAGAGGAGCGCAUUUCAGCGGGAAAAUCUCGUUUGUGGGUCCAUAUACAUGUCAACGUGCUGUCAAGAGCUGUCACAAUCCAUCAAAAAUGCACGCGUCCAACACGUGGACUCCCACGCAUAAUUCACACCCGUUUCGAGUCAUGACUACCGCUUUUGUUCCCUUGUCGGCGUGUCUCUCACGCACGGUCCGGUCGGAGCAUAGAUUCCCAGUCGAUUGCCACCAGAGAUAACUACCACUCGGUUUGAAGCGGACUUUCCCUUUCUCAAAAUGUUAUGCCGCAGCUGGCGAUCGUUGUUCGCAGACUGGCUCUGCACGAUUCGGACAGCAUAGCAUCGCACCGGUGGAUUUCACACCACCGAAGAUCAUCUCAUCUAUCAUGACACGCCACUGAAUCAGACCCUGACUGCUUCUCUGGCACCGCGGUGAUUUCCAGACCCUGUGCUUGGACGAACGAAUCUCAGCUGUCACAUCUGUGAAUGAGCGCCGGGAGAACAUCAAAGCUAGUUCUAUGCAGACUCGAAUUCUGGGACAAGCACCCCUCUUCGACGCGCGUCCAGCCGCUGGCUUGACUAUGCAAGAGUAUCUGACCCUGGGGCUGUCUUGGGGAAGAGAGAUCAGGCGGCUGGAAAGUGACCAUCUACUCUCCGCGUUUCUGUGUGUACAAUGUGAAUUCGGAAUCGAAGACUGUAAUGUGUCGAUCUGUCUCCCCCCAGUUUUCGGCUCAAAUCUGGUUCUCACAAGAAGCGAAGAUAGCUGGGCACAAUGGGGCAGUCUGAAUGGAAUGUCCUAUUCUUACAAACUGGCGUUCCACGCUGUAGAUUUAUUGCUCCCGUGGUCCAGCUCUUGUCCAUCUCAGUCACUGUGACGCGCAUGACUUGGGGAUACAAAAGCAUUCUAUAAAGAGGACAUGCAUUGGCCGGUGUGGAAAACAUACAGCACUCUCCACGAUGUCUCGUCGAAACCUUGCCCAAAACCCUCCUCCAGAUAUUGACGACAUCGUCGAGAAUGAAACGAUCGUUACCGUCAAGCCUGGUCUCAACCCUGCUCCUCGUAUCAAAGGGGAGGACGAGAUGGUCAUUCCGCCUUCUGCGCUUUGUCUCGCAUACAAGAAGAAGCCGAAUCCAUCUCAUGGCUCGCUCACGCUAGCAACGCUGGGUCAAUCCUAUCUUUACCGUCUCAAAUUCGAGCGUCCGGCCUAUGUCAAGUCUGAAUGGUCCCCCGAGUGUCUGAAUAAUAUCAAUGAAGGUGUAGAGCAAAGCAUGUUGUUGGAUCCCAUCACCAGGGCCCCUUUGUUGCCUGACCGGGUGCUGCAGGUGCAUUAUAUUAUGGCUUGCUCUGUGAUCGAUCUCACGUACCUUCAGCCUAACGAGAUCUUCCACUUGAAGAACAGUGUCAGGCUGACGAUGGGUUUUUUUGACAAGGAGAAAGGGAGGAACGCUACCAUGCCCGUGGUGGGACGAGCCGGACAUCACGUCGAGAUCAAGAUUUCCGGGCCCCUGGAGGUUUCGAACCGGAAGCUGAAGACAACUUUGGUCAGAUUCCACCGCUACAUAUAUCGCUUCAAGAUUUACACCGAGGUCGUUGCCCACGAGGUGGUCAGUCGUGACUGGAUUCCUCGUGAGAGUUUGAAUACCGAUUCUGAGAAGUCCUCGACUAUUGUGUCAUCGUGAUGCUCCUGUCGUGCGGCCACCGAAGUUUUCUGUAUUUCUUGCGCAGGCUAUAGUCAACGUAAAUAAAUGUCGUGAAAGUUGACCAAUUCAAUAAUUCCAAUCCGCUGCGUCGGAUGACCCGA